UCCAAAAAUCUUCUCAUGUUUGUGUGUGUUCCUUAUCUCCUUCGUCUCUUCUCCAAGGCCUUCAAAGAUCAUUCUCCAAACCCUAAUCCUCUCUCACUCUCUCUCGCGAUUCGAUCGAUCAAUCUACUACCAAGCAGUGAUGUCGAUCGAGAGAACGUUCGAGCCAUGGGAGGAGAUGCAGCGCCAUGGCCAGGACCUCGCUGACCGCCUCGCCCAGGGCUUCAAUGGCCUCAUCCAGUCCCACAUCAGUGCUCCGCCAUUCCCUGGCCUCCAGGGCUCCACGAAGACGCCAUUCGAUGCGGAUUUUAAUCCGAUUCUUGACAUCGGGAGCCGGAUCGGUCAGGCUGGGGCUGAUUUCGGUUCUUGCCUUCAUGGACUUGUGCAUCAGUUCUUUCGGAGGUUUCCGGCGCCGUUUCGGCAAGAAGAGGGGGAUGCGACGGUGGUUAGGGCUGAUUUGGAGGGGAGGAAGAGGGAUGGGGCUGUGGAGAUGCGGGGAAGUGGUGCGGGUGAGGUGGUUGGAUUGGCGGCUGAGCAGGUCGGGGUUUGGGGCUUGCCGGAAGCUUCGAAGGGCGGGGGUUUGGAAGAGCUUACUGAUGAGGAGGGGCUCGAAGCUGAUCGUAGAGCUACCGAGCAUUUUGGCAUGUCCCAGGGGAGCAUUAACAUAACAUCCACGUAUAACAGUAGAACCAACGACUAUGAGGGCUCUUUAGUUGCAAAAGGAGACAUGUGGAGAGUUGAGGCAUCCCGUGGUGGUUCAACUUCAGGGAAUGAAAAUUCCUCUCUUUUCCUUGUCCAAUUGGGCCCUGUGUUGCUUGUGCGUGAUACAACCCUUCUUUUGCCUGUUCAUUUAUCAAAGAAACACUUGCUUUGGUAUGGCUACGAUCGCAAGAAUGGAAUGCAUUCACUCUGUCCAGCCAUAUGGUCAAAGCAUAGAUGGUUGUUGAUGUCAAUGAUCUGUCUCAAUCCAUUGGCUCUUUCCUUCAUGGAUUUGCAGUUCCCAAAUGGGCAUCUGACAUAUGUUGCUGGCGAGGGGUUAACUACAAGUGCCUUUCUUCCGUGUUUUGGUGGUUUACUUCAAGCUCACAGUCAAUAUCCAGGAAAAACUAGAUUUAGUUUCUCUUGUAAGAAUAAGCGUGGAACACGAAUUACUCCCAUGGUGCAGUGGCCUGAUAAGUCCUUCUCACUUGGAGUUGUACAAGCCUUGGCUUGGAAGAGAUGUGGUCUCAUGAUGAGACCAACCAUUGAAUUCAGCAUCUGUCCUACUUUUGGUGGAAGCAAUCCUGGAUUACAUGCUGAGCUUGUCCAUUCCGUGAAGGAAAAGCUCAGUCUGAUUUGUGGUUAUUCGGGGAUGGGUCAUCCAUCUGCUUUCGUCUCUGUUUCCCUUGGGAGAUCCAAGUGGAAUAAGAACGUCGGAAAGUACGGUAUUGUCAUAAGAGCGGAAACUCCUGUAAGCCACCUUGUCCAGCCAUCCUUUUCGAUCCAGUUGAACCUCGGUACGGAGUUUUGAUCUUUUGCCAAUGCUUUUGUACAAAAGAAUUUUCUUCUCUCCUGAUCGACUUCAUGUACUUUUCUUCAUAAUAGCCACCAAAUUCUAUGUCCAGAAAAUUUCUAGAGCCGCUUUUGUAUUGAAAGCCCACUUGUGCAGAAUACACAAGCUGUGCAGUUCAAAAAAACAUAUUAAUUCAAUACAGAGAAGGGAUUUACAAUGGA